AUGUCAAACCUCACGCUCCAGUCGAAAGUCAAGCUCGCCAGCGGCCACGAGAUGCCGCUGCUAGGUUUUGGUGUCUAUCAAACCCCAGCUGAAGACGCCGAGCGCUGCGUGAAAGACGCACUUGCGGCGGGCUACAGACAUGUCGACUCCGCCGCCGCAUAUCGCAACGAAGCGCCUUGUGGAAGUGCCAUCAGGUCGCUGUCCUCCGAAAUCCCGCGCUCAGAGGUGUUCUUCACCUCGAAGGUGCGAACCAAGGGCAUGUCCUACGAAUCGGCCAGGGCAACGGUCGCCAACACGCUCCGGGAGACCGGACUGGACUACAUCGACCUGAUGCUCCUGCACGCGCCGUACGGCGGGUCUGCCGUGCGGAAGGGCGCCUGGAGGGCCCUCGUGGAGGCCGCGGAGGAGGGCAAGGUGCGCAGCAUCGGCGUCAGCAACUACGGCGCGCACCACCUGCGGGAGCUGCAGCAGCACAUGGCCGAGCUCGAGUCCCAGCGCGGCGGCGGCGGGGUCGUGAGCGUCGGCCAGUGGGAGAUACACCCGUGGCUUCCGCGGCAGGACAUCGUGGGCUGGGCGCGGGAAAACGGAGUCGCCGUGCAGGCGUACUGCCCUUUGGUCAGGGGCGAGAGGUGGGACGAGCAGGUCCUGAGGGAUCUGGCGGCGAAACAUGGCAAGACGGCUGCGCAGGUCUUGAUUAGGUGGAGUCUGCAGAAAGGAUAUAGCCCACUGCCGAAGAGUGUGACAACCUCACGAAUCCAAGAGAAUUCAGACGUCUUCGAUUUCGAGCUGGACGAGGAGGACAUGCAAAAGCUGGAUUUCGACAGUUAUGCACCAUGCACUUGGGAUCCUACCACGAGUUCGUUGGACAACGGCACGACGAAGAAAGGGUAA